CGGAGGAUAAAUGAAACUCUCCUCUGAGCAGCUGACACACAGCGGAGACACGUUCUCUCGGUUCUCUCAGUUUCUCUCCGUUCAUCCGGUUAACGGAGAUUUUUCACGGCUUCUUUGUUUCACCGGUUUGUUGCCGUUCAGUCUUUGCGUCAGUUAUUAUUGUAACUACCGGAGGAGGAUACGUUUACGGCAUGUCGUGAAGCGGAGAGGGACCGGAAACACGUGGCAAAAAACAAGUGUGCUGUAAAGGACCUUGUGAUGGAUGAGCCCCCCUGCAAACAGGACUUAUCUUCCUCUCAUGUUGUGGGACUCAGUUUGUGUAACUCCGCCCCCUUGUUGUGGCGUUCUGAGGACCUGCGCUCACUGAGGUCUCAGGGCCUGGUUGGGGCGCUGCUGGGUUCUCUGCCCCGGACUCCCCGACAGAAUGUACGUCUAGGCCGCCCACUGCUACUGCUGCCCGAGGAGGAGAGGCUGCUGAGUGAACGCCAUGCCGCCGCCGCACUGCCACCUGCUGACCAGGAUGCUGAAGGGGCGGAGCUUGUUCAGGAGGCAGAGCAGCAGAGGAGCUAUGAGGAGCAGAGUGUCCUCGCUCUGGAAGACAGGAAGUCAGCACUGCUGCAAGCGAUGACAUCAUCACACACAAGUGAGUCUGGGAGCGUAGACGAGGCCCAGCGGCAGCGCCUGGACGCCCUGGACCAAAGCUUCACCUUCCCGAGGUCAGCACUGGCGGUGCAGCUGAGCACAGCAAGGGCGGGGCUUACUCACUGCCCAGAGAGCAGGGCCUUCCUGCAGGCCGACUGGCCAAUCAGAGCGCAGGCCGGCCCACACUGCCAGGCCAGGUACCAGGUGUUCAGAGACCUGAGGGGGCGUGGCUUCUACCUGACCUCAGCGGGGAAGUUCGGAGGAGAUUUCCUCGUGUAUCCAGGUGAUCCUCUUCGGUUCCACGCUCACUUCAUCGCCGUCUGUCUGUCUGCAGACGAACCCGUCUGUCUGCUCGACCUCCUGUCUGUGGCUCGUCUGGGCUCCAACGUUAAGAAGACGGUCUUACUGUGUUCGCCGGCGGGAGGUGGCGUCCUGUACACCUCCUUACAGUGGAGCGGGAUGAUUUAGACGGGAUGGGGGCGGGGCCAGGA